CUGCGUUCAUUGCGUUUGCAUUGAGGUGCUAAACUUUAUUUGCAAAGGAUGGCUCCUAAAAAGAAAGGAAAGAAGACUGUGAAGGACAUAAAGCCUGCAGCUUCCACAGAGGUGUCGAAGGAGGAGUUGGAGGCCCAGAUUGUCUCCUUGCGUAAAGAGCUAGACAGGGAGAAGAAACAGUGCACCUACUUCCAGCUGGAACGGGAUAAGAUUCACAGUUUCUGGGAGAUCUCUAAAGAACAGCUGUACGAUGUGAAACGCGAGCUCAGUAAAAAGUGUGAGGAAAUUGAACAGGCUGAGGAAAGUCACAACCUUGAGAUUAGGGCAUACAAACAAAAAGUGAAACAUUUGUUGUAUGAACAUCAGCUUAGCAUCACAGAGCUCAGAGAAGAGGGAGAGGUCAGCAACAAACUGCUGCAGAAGGAAUAUGAAGCCCUGAAAGGUGAUCUGCAGAAGGACGUAAAGAAUCUGAAAGUGAAGCUCAAGGAAGAGGAGCUUUCCUAUAAGAGCCUGAUCAGGAAUCUUAAAUUAAAUCACAGUAAGGAAAUGACCGAUAUCAGGACUUAUUUCGAACAACUACUACAAGACAUGGAGGCUAAAUAUAAAACUAAAAUGGAGGCAUUGAGUCAGCAGGCAGAUAUUAGACGCACGACCGAAAUUGAGAUGAUGGAAAAGAGGAAGAACUCCCAAAUUAGGGAACUGAUACAAGAUCAAGAGAAGACUCAGACUGACAUUAAGGCCUACUACAAAGAUAUAGUCUCCAGCAGCUUAGCCCGCAUCAAAGCACUGAAGGAGGGUGAGAGGGAUAUGAAGGAAAUGGUGCAGAAGUUAAAAAGCGAGGUGGCAAAGGUGCUGAGGGAGAAGAAGCAGCUGACCGAGCCUCUGCGCAUUGUCUCUGAGGAAGCCUCAGUCCUCCGGAAACAGGUCACAGACCACAGUGCAGACAAGCACCUAUUAGAGAAAGUCAGAGCUAGACUCAAGGUGGCAGAAAAAGAAAUUUGUGACCGAAAAUUUGAGAUCUCUUUAUUGGAGGAAAAAAUCAGUACCGUCCAACAAGAGCGUGACGGACUGUACCAGGGAUUUCAGAAGGCCAUUCAAGAGGUGAAGCAGAAGAAAGGCAUAAAGAGCAUCGUAAAAAAAAAAAAAACUUUGCUUAAAGAAGACCUGGGGAGGCUGCAGACAGAGGGGUAGUGGGUUUCUGGGGAGGCU